AGCUGCAUGGGAUGCCACACCCAGUAAGAGGAGGAGUAUCGAUCGAAUAAAAUAGAAGAAAAAGCAAAGGUCGCCUGGAAGAGCACUUAAAUGGGAACUGUGCUUAAGUGUGGAAGCCUUGUGACUGUCGGCAAGACUCUAGCUAAGCUGGAAUGGACAAGGCUGAGCAACCCCCUCCCCCCCACUCCCAGGAUGAGACCUGUUUAGCUGGGGAAGGAUCACCUCUGCUCCCUGCCUUUACCUCUGAGCAUUAGGUCCUGGGACAAGACUCCAUGGAUGUGGCUGGAGCCUCCUGCUCCAGCUCGGAGGCACUGGCGAGGGAGCUGCUUCUGGCCGCACUAGAGGACCUGAGCCAGGAGCAGCUGAAGCGCUUUCGCCACAAGCUUCGGGAUGCACCCCUGGAGGGCCGGAGCAUCCCGUGGGGGCGACUGGAGAACUCAGACCCCGUGGACCUCGUCGACAAGCUGACCCAGUUUUACGGGUCAGAGCCAGCGGUGGACGUGACCCGAAAGAUCCUGAAGAAGGCGGAUGCUCGAGAUGUGGCCAUGCGACUCAAGGAACAGCAGCUGCAGCGGCUCGGCCCCAGCUCAGCAGGUCUCUCCGUGUCCGAGUACAAGAAGAAAUACCGCGAGCACGUGCUGCUACAGCACGCCAAGGUGAAGGAGAGGAACGCCCGCUCGGUGAAGAUCAACAAGCGCUUCACCAAGCUGCUCAUCGCGCCGGGGAGCGGCGCCGUGGAGGACGAGCUGCUGGGGCGGUCGGAGGAGCCCGAGCCUGAGCGUGCGAGGCGCUCUGACACUCACACCUUCAAUCGGCUCUUCCGGGGAGAUGACCAGGGCCUGCGGCCGCUGACCGUGGUGCUGCAGGGCCCGGCAGGCAUUGGCAAGACCAUGGCCGCCAAGAAAAUCCUCUACGACUGGGCGUCAGGCAAGCUCUACCACGGCCAGGUGGACUUCGCCUUCUUCAUGCCGUGCGGCGAGCUGCUGGAGAGGCCGGGUACGCGCAGCUUGGCAGACCUGAUCCUGGACCAGUGUCCGGACCGCAAGGCGCCGGUGCGGCAGAUCCUGGCGCAUCCCCAGCGCCUGCUGUUUAUCCUGGACGGUGCGGACGAGCUGCCUGCUGUAGUAGCCCCGGAGGCCGCGCCCUGCACAGACCCUUUUGAGGCUACGAGUGGCUUGAGAGUGCUGAGCGGACUGCUGAGCCAGGAGCUGCUGCCCUUGGCUCGCUUGCUGGUCACUACACGCAAUGUUGCCUCCGGGAGGCUGCAGGGCAGACUGUGCUCGCCACAGUGCGCAGAAGUGCGCGGCUUCUCAGACAAAGACAAGAAGAAGUAUUUCUUCAAGUUCUUCCAGGACGAGAGGAAGGCCGAGCGCGCUUACCGCUUCGUGAAAGAGAACGAGACGCUGUUCGCACUGUGCUUCGUGCCUUUCGUGUGCUGGAUCGUGUGUACUGUGGUGCAGCAGCAGCUGGAGCUGGGCCGGGAUCUGUCUCGUACUUCCAAGACCACGACAUCGGUGUACCUGCUCUUCAUCGCCAGCAUGCUGAAAUCUGCAGGCGCCAAUGGACCCCGGGUACAGGGAGAACUGCGCACACUGUGCCGCCUGGCCCGGGAGGGCAUCUUGAAGCAUCAAGCACAGUUCUCAGAAAAUGAGAUCGAGCGGUUGAAGCUUCAGGGCUCCCAAGUUCAGGCACUGUUUCUCAGCAAGAAGGAAUUGCUGGGCGUGCUAGAAAAGGAGGUCACCUACCAGUUCGUUGACCAGAGCUUCCAAGAGUUCUUGGCUGCCUUGUCCUACCUAUUGGAGGCCGAGGGGGCUCCGGGGGCACCAGCGGGAGGUGUGCAGAUGCUCCUGAACUCUGACGUAGAGUUGCGUGGUUAUCUUGCACUCACCACUCGCUUCCUCUUUGGACUACUGAGUGCAGAGAGGAUUCGUGACAUUGAACGACAUUUUGGCUGUGUAGUGCCGCCGCGUGUGAAACAGGACACCCUGCGGUGGAUACAAGGACAAGGCCACCCCAAGGUGGCACCAGUAGGGGAAGACAAGAAGGAUGAGCUGGAGGACACUGAGGAACCAGAGGAGGAAGAGGAGGAUCUCGAUUUUGGACUGGAGCUGUUGUACUGCCUGUAUGAGACACAAGAGGACGCCUUCGUUCGACAGGCUCUCAGCAGCCUUCCAGAGUUGGUCCUGGAGCGAAUUCGGUUCACUCGCAUGGACCUGGAGGUCCUGAGCUACUGUGUGCAGUGCUGCCCGCCCGGGCAGGCUCUGAGACUGGUCAACUGUGGGCUGGUGGAGGCAAAGCAAAAGAAAAAAAUGAGUCUGGUGAAGCGGCUGACCGGUUCUCGAAACACCACGAAACAAACCCCAGUCUCUCUGCUGCGUCCACUCUGUGAGGCCAUGACUGCCCAACAAUGUGGUCUGAGUAUUCUGAUCUUGUCACACUGCAAACUCCCUGAUACAGUUUGCCGAGACCUCUCUGAGGCCCUGAAGGUAGCUCCUGCCCUAAAGGAGCUGGGCCUCCUCCAGAACCGCCUCACUGAGGCAGGCCUGCGUUUACUGUGUGAAGGACUGGCUUGGCCCAAGUGCCAGGUGCAGACACUCAGGGUGCAACUGCCUAGCCUCCAAGAAGCAAUCCAGUACCUGGUCAUCGUGCUCCAGCAGAGCCGGGCCCUGACCACCCUGGAUCUCAGUGGCUGUCAGCUGCUUGGCUACAUGGUGUCCUGCCUGUGUUCAGCCCUGAAGUACCCUACAUGCUGCCUAAAGACACUCAGUCUGACCUCUGUGGAGCUGAGUGACGUGUCACUGAGGGAGCUUCAAGCUGUGAAGACAUCAAAACCAGAUCUGACCAUCCUCCAUUCAAAACUAGACACAAAGCCUCUCAAGGGAUGAAGCAGGGUCUUCUGAGACCCUGGAGGCCAGAACAGGGGAAAGGAUGCUGUAGCCAAAGCCCUUAUGAAGAUGGCCUCCCCAUUCAAAAGCAGGAGGAUGCCAGCUUCUCCGUCCAGGCAAGUCUCUCAAGCCAAGAAGCCACAGAAGGGCAAGCAAAGGACCCAGGUAGAUAAAGGGCCUUGAUAGCUCCUGGAUAGGCCUGGCACAUGCCCUGCCUUGAACACUCUGAGGUUACUCUUCCCCCAGCCCCACAACUACUGCUGCCUUCCUUUCUGGGCCCUCCAAUCUGUCCCUUGCAGAUAAUCCCAGCAGUAAUGGGAAUAUUCAAUAAUUGAGCAUACUGUUUAAUGGUGUUACUCAUCUUUGAUCUGGUCCACAUCUGUUGUAUGGGUGGAUGCGGGCCCCCAGAGUACCACCCUCUGUAGGCAGAAGGUAGGUGGAUCACCAUUCCAAUCUGGAAUUUGGGGUGUUGGCUUUUGGAAGAAUGCCAUUCCUGAAACCUUGGGGCUUUAGCUCCGAGGGACCCACUUGCUGCCUGAGAGAUACAGGCAAGGAGCCAGAGGAGUGACAGCUGUCUUGGAUGAUGGGAGCUGGGGCAACACAGUGGAUGUCUCCACCACAAUACAUUUUCCUUUGGAUUCCCUUUCACUGAUCUCCGUAACAGUUGUCAAGGUAUCAAAGUGGUGCUGACACGAUCUUUCCUGCAACCACGUGUACAGGGCAAGGUUUAAUCCAUAGUCCACCACUGAAGAAGUGGGCUUGGCAAGCUGGCCUGACUGCAGAGCCUGCAAGAGAGGUGUGGCCUUGUGGAUCAGGGCAAGCCAUGGAUGCCCCAGAACUGAGUCUUCUCUGCUCAGCACUCUGGGCUUGGGGCGCUCCGCACUGAGCCCGUUUACUUCCCAGGGGAAAUCCCUCCACAGUCUCUAUCCCCUUAAAUGAGCAACACAGAACCUGCUGCGCCAGUUAGUUUUCUAUUAGAGUAAUACAACGCCAUGGCUGGAAGCAACUUACAGAAUGAAGAGUUGGCCCGGGCUUACGGUUCCAGAGGGAUAAGGGCCCACCAAGGCUGAGAAGCAUGGCCACAUGCAGCACAUAUGUCAACCAGAGCAGAAACUGAGGGUUCACACCUUGAACCACAAGCACAAAGCAAAGAAUGAGCUGGAAACGGCACUUGUCUCUAAACUCUCAAAGCCCGCCUCCAGUGACACACUUUCUCCAAGAGGCCACACUCCCUAAGCCUCCCCAGACAGUGACACCAACUGGAAAUUAAGUGUGCAAGUAUUGUGGUAGUUUGAAUGGGAAUGCCCCCAUAGGCUCGUAAUUUGAAUAUCUAGUUCCCGGUUGGCCGAACUGUUUGGGAAGGAUUAGAAAGUGUGGUCUUGUGGGAGGAGGUGUGUCAUUGGGGUGGAUGGGGG